AUGGACACAGACACAGGCAUGCACCAAAACCAACACAACAACCAACACAACAACCAACAGUUCAAAACACUGCACCACAACCAACAGUUCAAAACACUGCACCACAACCAACAGUUCAAAACACUGCACCACAACCAACAGUUCAAAACACUGCACAGCAACAACCACAAACAGAGCAAGGACAUAAAAGAAGUAGAGAACAAGGAAACCAAGAAUUCUUAA